AGCACAGGAUCGCGCGUUCUAUACCAAUUUGCAGAUCGAUAGAACCAUUUCUCUAUCACAGAGAGCCACGAAGGACUUAUGGCUGACUUGAACCCACACAUCCGAACCACUGGCUAUUGGAGUCCAGGAAUGCCACUUGCGUCGCCCAGUGCCUUAUCCAUGCCGGACCGAAGAACAACAACAGUUGCGGUCGGUGCAACUGUCUUCUCCGUCGUGUUUGCUGUCCUGGUUGUCUCCGCACUUUCGUACAUCCUCUACAAAGCCAUGCACUCUCCUCGGCGCAUUCAGAAUGUGUCUGCUUUCUGCUGCCCGGAUAUUCUCGAGUCCUUGUACUUCGUUAUGAACCGAAGCAAAGAUCCCUGCCAGGACUUCUACCAGUAUACCUGCUACGCCUGGAGGGAGAACCGUACCAGCGCAGCGCGUCAACGCCUAAUGGAAGAUGUGGUGUUUCCUAUCUUUCAAAUGAAGGCACCUAUAGUGGAAGAUGGCCAUUCGGGCAGCUCACCAUCAGCCAAGGCCAUUGGACAGUACUACAGCAGCUGCAUCAGGCAUGCACUCAGAGGCAUCAAACACGUUGUGACAUCGGCAGUGCGAGCAAUUAUAUCGAUUGUUCCAGACCUAUCAUUCAAUUCUCCGCAAGCUGUUAUCCUCAAGUCUAUGAUGGUGCUGAGUAGCGAGUACUACCUCUUCUUCCUCAUCAACUUCUUCUAUGUUCCCCAUUCGAAACGGAGGAACGCCCAUCUUUCCAUUUCUGUCUAUUCAGUAUUUAUCAGCGACGAGGCUGUGGCGACGGAAGCGCUCGUGGUAGCCAUCGCCGUCACCAACCGGCACUUCAACGCAAACGUCUCAGUAAACGAUGUGAUGACAUUCAUCCACGAAGUGGAACGAAGGUUACCGACGGGGCACAGUACGACGACUAGCCCUGCGCCACAACAUUCAACAAGCCGAUCACUCUCAAAAAACGGUGAAGUUGUAUCCAAAGUUCAAACAACUAAAUUUUCCGACCUGAGCAGUUUGUUACCCAGUGUCCCUCAAGAAACAUGGGAGUGGGUAUACAAGGAGCUCCGAUAUUCGACCAACUCGGAGGCGGUCGUCACUGGCGCAUCGGUUGUGAACUUCAUACUCGAAUCCUACACCAAUAUUCGGUGGCGACCGGCAGCCACAACCUUGCUUGUUAUCCUCACAGCGUCCGUGAUCGACACCGGCCUUUGGGAUCUGGCAAGGACUAAGGAUGCCCUGCCCGCGCAAAAAUGCGCCGAAGUGACCAACGACCUUACACCGUUAUGGGACAACGCUCUGACUAUCGCUCUCACUAGCGAUGAGAAAGACUCCGCAGUUCGCACAGUUUUCGACAAGACUGUGAACGCUAUAAGAAUGGAAGCCAUAAGCCGCACUCACGGACAGUCUGCAGUCCGCCUGUUAAACAGCAUCAUCAGUAGCAUUACGCUCCUGCUUCCAUCAGACCGGGACCCACCGGUUUUCAAUCUCACGCUUGCGAAAGACACAGACGACCAGGACGUCGGCGACGAGUAUGUCGACGCUUCCAGCCGUAUUGAAGAUUACUGCGCGAACGCCUUCGCCGUCCUCAGGUACUGGGUGUACUACGAUCGGUACCAGGCUAUCAGCAGUCUCAUCUUUCAGUUCUUCAAAGGAAGGGAGGUCUAUAACACCUCCGUUAAUAUAAUCGGAGGGUACCUUUACGUUCCCCCUGUCACUUAUGCGUUGUUGUCCUUCAGGAACAACACCGAUAGAUUAAUCAACUUGGCUAUUCUUGGCACACAGAUCGCGGACGCCACUUGGUCCUACGUAAUAAAUUCCUUUAAGUCGCAAGGCGGGACGACAGCCGAGUGGGACUUGCUGAAAUGUAGCGAUCCUAACGCACUGCUCCGUGGGCGUGUAUCGGAGCCCUGGCUGAGUACGUGGAUAACUGCGAAAGUAGCAAUGACGGAUGCGUGGUAUCUCGUAAUGGACGGCUGGGGGACGAUGAAGGUGUCCCCGAGUCAAGUGUUCUACAUGCUCGUCUUCUACCAUCACGUUUGCAGCAGCGAGAUCAACGUUGCACGUGGACAACGUCUGAGCCAAUUCAUGAGCACACUAGCGGAUUUCAAUAGAGCAUUCAACUGUCCGAUGGCGAAUGCUACUUCGAGGUGUGACACUCUUGUGCUUCACUCAAGCACCGAAAGUGCGAUGUAGUAUUCAGUUUUGCUUCCAUUCAAUUAAGCACAUGUGUUAUACGAAUAAUAUAUAUGGUAGUGAAUGUUUCAACAAGA